AUGACCACAGGCAAGUUAGGACCACUACAAACAGUCCAAUGGCAGCAAGGAGAGAAGAGUUCAGUUCCAGAGCAGGAGGAGGUGCGAGGAGUGCCAUCCCAGGCCGCCCACUCAGCAGGACCUGGAAACUCAAGCCCCAGUCUGCUGGUUCAAGGUGUCUGUGUCUCCAGCAUCCUGCCCCCACAUCUUGCUGUCGUCCCUAGCCAGGUCAUCAUGCCUCGUGGUCAGAAGAGUAAGCGCCAUGCCCGGAAGAAAUGCCACCAGACCCGAGAUGAGGGUCAGGCUUGUGGAGGUGUUCACACUCCUGAGGCUCCUCAGAAAGCAACACCAUCUGCCUCAAGCACUCUGAGUAUUUCUUCCUUGGAAUCACAUGAGAGUUCCUGUGAGGGAAGUGAAGAAUUCAAGGAAAAGGAAUGCCCUGUUGAGGACAAGCCCUGCACCAUCCUUCCUCACCAAGAAAUGGUAGCAAGAAAGGUAGUGGUGCUCUUACAGCACUUGCUCCACAACUUCAAUCUGAAGAAGCUUACUACUAAGGAAGACAUGCUGAAGCUUAUCACCAAGAAGUAUGAAUACGACUUCCCUGAGAUCUUCAGAAAAGCCUCUCAGAAGCUGGAAGAUGCCUUUGAGGUGGAAGUGAGGGAAGUCAACUCCAGUGAGCCCUCAUACAACCUCAUCAGCAAGCUGAAGCUCCCCAACAAUGGGAGGAUUCGUGCUGGCAGAGGCUUUCCCAAGACUGCUUUCGUGAUGUGUGUCCUAGGAAUCAUCCUCAUUAGGGACAAUUGUGCCAGUGAAGAAGACGUCUGGAAAAUCCUGAAGAAGCAGCGAAUCUAUCCAGGGAAGAAGCACCGCAUCUUUGGCGAGCCCCGGAAGCUCAUGACCCAUUAUUUAGUGAAGCUGAAGUUCCUGGAGUACAGGCAGGUGGCAGGCAGUGAUCCCCCACGCUAUGAGUUCCUGUGGGGUCCCCAAGCCUAUGCUGAAACAAGCAAGAUCAAAGUCCUGGAAUAUUUGGCCAAGAUAAACCAAACAACACCUAGUGCCAUCUCUGCCAUUCAUGUAGAGGCUUUGAAAGAUUACCAAGGACAAACAGAAGCCAGAGAUGUAGAUGAUUCCGAUGCCACUGACCAAAUGAGUGAAGAUUCCUCAGUAAAAUUACCAGCAAAUUCCACUGUCCCCGUUGACCCUUAA